UCAAAGAGCACUGUCUUACGUAUUAUCGAAUUCUCGAGAAAUAUUUCUGAUUUAAGGUUGUCGGUUUGUCAGAUCCUUACUGAUCGAAUGCAAUAUAAUUCCACAGUUACUUUGACAAUUAUUAUGUGAAUUUGAUUUGAGUUAUAAGAGUGUGCUCAAAACGGUUUCCAAAAAAGUUACAGAACUUUUUUUAAAAAACGCAAAAAAGAUUAUUUAAGUUUAUAAACACGCAAAUAAGAAAAAAGAACAUAGUAACAAAUCUGCUUCUUGUGAUUCAUAAUUCAUGAAUAGUGAAUAAUACCAACGAAACAUUACGUCUUUUUGCAAGUGAUUAUUAGUGUAUUUAACUUUAAAGAUGGUGCGUGGUUUAUCACAGUGGACCAAGACACUGAGUUUCCCAGCGAGAGUGUCACCUCAAAGACCUGUAAAAGAAUCCAAGAGUUUCCACGUAAGUCCCAGUGCUAGUCCCACGUCACCGCCCAGUCCAAUCAACGACACGAUGGAUAAAGCACCUAUAAUUACUGACGAGACGUUCCAGGACACGGAAGCAGAAAAGGCAAUAAUGAGUUCAAUCGUAUACUGCAUACAUCACAAGGAUGGCUGUAAAUGGUCAGAUGAAUUAAGAAAACUGAAAGCACACUUGAACACAUGUAAACAUGAUGCGGUUCCAUGUGGCAAUAAAUGUGGAGCGAUGAUUCCUCGUGUACUUAUGGAAGACCAUUUGAAAUAUACUUGCGCUCAGCGUAGGGCUCGUUGCGACUUUUGUGCCAAAGAGUUUACUGGACAUACUUUAGAGAAACACACUGGAACAUGUGGAUAUGAGCCUCUGUAUUGCGAAAACAAAUGCGGAAUGAAGGUACAAAGGCGACAUUUCGGACAGCAUAAGUUAGGAGAAUGUGCCAAAAGAUUAGUUGCCUGCCGUUACUGUAAUAAAGAAUUCGUUUUCGAUACACUUGGUGCUCAUCACACGAAAUGCGGUCGAUUUCCUGUUGCAUGCCCUCAUCGUUGCGAAACUGCGGUGCUUCCUCGAGAGGAUCUCGAGAUUCACUUAAAGGAUCAUUGCACUACGCAUCUACUUUCCUGUACAUUCAAGGAUGCCGGUUGUCGCUUCAAGGGAAAUAGAUUUUCACUUGAUAAACAUCUAGAAGAAUCCGCAAAAAUGCAUCUAAGCCUCAUGUGUAGUCUUGUAACGAAGCAGCAACAUCAAAUAACUAGUCUAAAGUCAGCGAUCAGCAAACUAUCAUUGAACUACACGGGUACACUUAUAUGGAAGAUUACGGACUAUGCUACAAAGAUGUCAGAAGCGAAAGCGAAAGAAGGAAUGGAGCUUGUCAGUCCACCUUUUUAUACUAGUCAAUAUGGAUAUAAAUUGCAAGCCUCGAUUUUUUUAAACGGAAAUGGGACUGGAGAAGGCAGUCACAUCUCGAUAUACAUAAAAAUUCUACCCGGCGAAUAUGACGCGCUUCUACGAUGGCCGUUCUCGCAUAGUGUGUCAUUCACAAUGUUCGAUCAAACAGUUAUUGCGGAGAAGGCUUGCAACAUCGUGGAAAGCUUCAUACCUGAUCCAACAUGGAAGAAUUUUCAACGGCCAAGUCGUGAACCAGAUUCUCUCGGUUUCGGCUUUCCAAGAUUCGUGUCCCAUGAAAUGGUGAAGAAGCGACACUUUGUUAAAGAAGAUAUCAUGUUUAUUCGAGUUAAAGUGGAUCCUAGUAAAAUUGUAGCGGUUUAAAAGAUGCAUUAACGCGAUGAUUCUAUUAAAACAUUAGGGUAAAAACCAUAUUACUGACUGUGUUCAUAUUACUGUUGAUCAAAAUU